AUGUGGUCUUCAUUCAGAGACAACCUUACCGAUGCCUACGGGGCCAUCGACGCCGCAGAAGCCGCCCGCACCGCAGCGACGUCGCUCAUCCGCUUUCUCGAGCCCGUCCGCGCUCUCCUGGAAGACUUCAACCAACAAGCAAAGUACACCUUGGUCUACAUCGCCAUCUGCAAGGUCAUCUGGGACACGUGGGCGUCGUCCGCUGCCGACAACGGAACAACCUCACAAAUCUCGAAGGCAGAAGACACCGAUGCCACACCUCGGGAAGACAACAUCGUCAACGAUUCCCAAAACCACAAGAAGAGACGACCGACAUGGAAACAGCUCGUGGAGCACACGGCCUUCUUCAUCACGCUGUAUACCUGGCCUACCGUGCACUGGGAGAGCUGCCGGUUCAUGAAGGAGUACUGCGCCAUCCCGGUCUUGUCAUGGCUCGGGUUUCGGCCGGGCGGACAGAUCAUGUCGACUCCUCAAUGGUUACUGUCGCCUGCCAUAGUCAUUCUCAUCCCCUGGAUUACCCUGACCGGAUACCUCGAUAAUACGUCCAGGCCUGUCGCCAAGGUAAUCGCGGUGGAGUGUACCAUUGGAUUGGCAAUCAUCAUCUUCGAGAAACUGAGCACGAUGCUCUGA